AUGAUGGAACGAUGGGAGAAUCAAGGCAGCCCUCAAACAAGCCUGUCUGCUCCAGCUAUGCCACAGAAUAUUCCCUAUCCACCCACUCUUCACAGGAGUUCAUUUCCCGACUCAACAGAGGCCUUUGAUCCACGAAAACCUGACCCAUAUGAGCUGUAUGAGAAAUCAAGAGCUAUUUAUGAAAGUAGGCGUCCCGAUUACAAGGAGCUGGAUGUUCACCUUCGGAGAAUGGAGUCUGGGUUUGGCUUCAGAAUCCUGGGAGGAGAUGAACCUGGACAGCCUAUUCUCAUCGGAGCAGUAAUUGCCAUGGGCUCAGCAGACCGAGAUGGUCGUCUCCAUCCUGGUGAUGAGCUGGUGUAUGUAGAUGGGAUUCCAGUGGCUGGCAAAACCCACCGAUAUGUGAUUGAUCUUAUGCAUAAUGCUGCCCGAAACGGGCAAGUGAAUCUUACUGUGAGGAGAAAGGUGCUACCCACAGAGUCCUCCAGCCAGAAAGGUCCCCCUCCGCCCGGCGCGACGCCCCCUCGCAGCUCCCCCAGCGCUAGGAAAAUGGCCAAUAACCAAGGAGAACCGUGCCCAGAGAAUGGCAGAAGCCCAGGCUCGGUGUCUACACACCACAGUUCUCCAAGAAGUGACUACACUACUUAUGCUAACAGUAAUCAUGCUGUCUCUAGUAGCAAUGCUACACCCCCCGAGGGCUUCACUUCUCACAGCCUGCAAACCAGUGAUGUUGUGAUCCACCGCAAGGAGAAUGAAGGCUUUGGCUUUGUUAUCAUCAGUUCCCUGAACAGGCCUGAAUCUGGGUCGACAAUAACUGUACCCCAUAAAAUAGGGCGAAUAAUUGAUGGAAGUCCUGCGGAUCGCUGUGCAAAACUUAAAGUUGGAGACCGGAUCUUAGCUGUGAAUGGCCAGUCUAUUAUUAACAUGCCUCAUGCAGAUAUUGUGAAGCUAAUUAAAGAUGCAGGUCUCAGUGUAACCCUUCGCAUCAUUCCUCAGGAGGAGCUGAACAGCCCAGCCUCGGCCCCCAGCUCAGAGAAGCAGAGCCCCAUGGCCCAGCAGCACAGCCCCAUGGCCCAGCAGAGUCCCCUGGCACAGCAAAGCCCCGUUGCCCAGCACAGCCCCGUCGCCCAGCCACCGCCUCCGCAGCCCCUCCAACUGCAGGGACAUGAAAACAGUUAUAGGUCAGAAGUAAAAGCCAGACAGGAUGUGAAACCUGAUAUCCGGCAACCUCCAUUCACGGACUACAGGCAAUCCUCAACGGACUACCGACAGCCUCCGCUGGACUACCGGCAUCCACCAGUGAUGGAUUACCAGCAGCCACCACCUCUCGACUACAGGCAGCCACCCUUGAUAGAUUACAGGCAACAUUCGCCCGACACCAGGCAGUACCCUCUGUCAGAGUACAGGCAGCCCCAGGACUUUGAUUAUUUCACCGUUGAUUUGGAGAAAGGAGCCAAAGGGUUUGGUUUUAGUAUUCGAGGAGGAAGGGAGUACAAAAUGGAUUUGUAUGUGCUGAGGUUAGCAGAAGAUGGACCAGCAAUAAGAAAUGGAAGGAUGAGGGUAGGAGAUCAAAUAAUUGAAAUCAAUGGAGAAAGCACAAGGGACAUGACACAUGCCAGAGCAAUAGAGCUAAUCAAGUCUGGUGGCAGAAGAGUACGUCUGUUGCUGAAACGUGGAACAGGCCAGGUCCCAGAAUAUG